AACAUCACUUAUCUUAGGCGGAAAUAUCCCAUUCGUGUUCCACAAUACGUUACGGCAAAUGGUGGUACACAAGAACUUACAGUUGAGCAACAAGUUUAUAUUGAAGGAAAGAAGGACGAUGAAGAACCGAUUAUUGAAGUUCUACUCAGGGAUAACGUGUCAGGCUUAGGCCCAAAGGGAAGUUUGGUCAGAAUUCACCGCAACAGAUUUUGGAAUAAUCUCUACUUGCGUAAUCUUGCAGAGCUUCCCACUCCAGAGCGCGUACAUGAACUGAAAUCAGAGGCACGCUAUGAUUCUCUAACAGAUCCGAACAUCCUUUUUGGUCAUUCAUACGAAACUCAACAGCGUCUCCUCAACAUGACUUUGUACAUACCUAUGAACCCGGCUGUUCCUUGGACUUUGACGACAAAACAUGUGAAGGUGGCAUUCCGUAGAAUCGGAGUUGUCGUUAAAGAAGAGGACAUUGCGUUGCCUGAUGAACCUGUAACCGCGUCUACACUAGAAGAAUUCACUGUAAACGUCAAUAUUGAAAAUAAAGUUCUCGUACCCGUCAAAUGCCGCAUCUUUCUCUAUCAACGAUUGGAUGCAAAAACGACAACCAAACCACCCUCCAACGCUUUUCGUAAAAUCCGCCUCGACGACUGGAUGUCUGAUUUUCCAGAAGACGAGUUGCGACUCCUUCCUGGCUUCACUAAUGCACCCUAUCGAUGCUAA